AUGUUCCGUCGCUGUGCACCUGCAUUCAUCGGAGUCGAGGGCGACACCUUCGUCUCGGCCAUCAAGGACAAGCAGUACCUGGCCCACCGCCUCGCCAUUCUCGGCAAGGAGGACCCUAGCUUCAAGCCCCAGCGCAUGUCGGACGAUGAUGUCAGGCGCUUCACCACGUCGCUCGGCUCGACAGAGUCACUCUUCAAUAAGCAAGCCGGGGCGAUCCCCACGAACAUUGUCGACGAGGAGACAGGCCGCGUGAUUGGCAGCACGCAGCUGGACCCGACCCGCUACGGGGACUGGGAGGUGAAUGGGCGCUGCUACGACUUCUAA